GCGGGACCGGACGGGACGGGACGCGGUGUGCCGAGUGCCGAGUUCGGUGAUAAUACGCUCGCGAGUUGAUAUUCAGUUCCGCCGCCGCCGCCGCCGCAGCUUGCCGUUGUCGCGUUCUUCUUGACGUCGUAUAAUCACUGUGCGUUCGAGAUCCGGUCCGUCGGACGGGUUGGCAGGAGGGGUAACGGGGUCGUCGCGUCCGUCUGCUCUGUCGUCAUCGCUCUCUCGUUCGUCGUCGUCGUCGUUGUCGUCGUUACUCGUUUUACUCGUUAUCAUGCGCCGCCGCUGCUGUUCGAUCGUCGUCGCUGCCACCACUGCCACCGAGACCGCCGCUCGGACGACGACGACGGAUUCCUGAUCGAUUCGUCAUCGCCGCAGCCGUUGGCUUUUUGGCCCGCGAAAGAGAACGAAAAAAAUCGUUUGCCGUUAUAUUAUUAUUAUUAUUUUCACCGUCCGUCCCCGCGAGCGCGCCCGCACAAACGCGCACGCAGUGCCUGCCAACGCGUCGCCGCCGCCGCAGCAGCAGCAGCCGCCGCCCGAACGCUCUCAGCACACCCUGCCCCAUUGGGUAGUAGCAGUCCGGUGGACUACACGAUGGCGACGCUAUCGCUGAGGAUAUCCAUCGUCGAACGAGAUGUCACCAAAACGAUGCAAUUCGAUCCGACCAUAUCGGUGUACAACGCUUGCCGACUGAUCAGAGAAAAGAUAUCCGAGGCCAAUCUAGAUCAACCAAAAGAUUAUGGAUUAUUUUUAGCUGACGAAGACAUAAAGAAAGGAGUUUGGUUAGAACCUGGACGUAAUUUAGAAUAUUAUAUACUGAGAAAUGGGGACUUGUUGGAAUAUCGGAAAAAGAUGAGAACAUUAAAAGUGCACAUGCUUGAUGGAACAUUAAAAACCCUUCUUGUUGAUGAUAGUCAACCAGUAGCAAAUCUAAUGGUUGUCAUUUGCACAAAAAUUGGAAUCACUAACCAUGAUGAAUAUAGUCUUGUGAGAGAAACUCCAGAAGAAGAAGUUGAGAAUAAAGCAAAUUUUGGAACAUUGACAUUAAAAAGACGAAAAGAAGAUCGUGAACGUGAAAAAGAUGCUAAAAUGGAACAAUUGAGAAAAAAAUUAAAAACAGAUGAUGAAGUCAACUGGGUUGAUCCAUCUAAAACUUUAAGAGAACAAGGCAUUGACGAGGGCGAACCUGUAUUAUUAAGAAGGAAAUUUUUCUUCUCUGAUGGUAACAUUGAUUCCCAUGAUCCAGUACAAUUAAAUUUAUUAUAUGUUCAGGCAAGAGACGCAAUUUUAGAUGGAACACACCCAGUAACAGAAGAACUUGCUCUACAACUUGCUGGUAUUCAAACACAUAUUCAAUUUGGAAAUUACUGUGAAACAAAACAUCGUCCCCCAUUUUUAGAUCUGAAGGAAUUUUUGCCUCAAUCUUACACAAAAAUAAAAGGUAUAGAAAAAAAAAUAUUUUCUGAGCACAAAAAUCAUGUAGGCUUAUCUGAAUUGGAUGCAAAAGUUCUUUAUACCAAAACUGCAAGAUCAUUACCUACAUAUGGAGUAACAUUUUUCUUAGUUAAAGAAAAAAUGAAAGGAAAAAAUAAAUUAGUUCCUCGUCUUUUGGGAGUGACAAAAGAUUCAGUUUUACGUUUGGAUGAAAGAACCAAAGAGAUAUUAAAAACUUGGCCUCUAACAACAGUAAGGAGAUGGGGAGCCUCUCCAAAUACAUUCACAUUAGACUUUGGAGAUUAUUCAGAUCAAUAUUAUUCUGUACAAACUACAGAAGCAGAACAAAUACUUCAAUUAAUAUCUGGUUAUAUUGAUAUUAUUCUGAAAAAAAAAAAGUCUAAAGAUCAUUUUGGUAUUGAGGGAGAUGAAGGUUCAACUAUGGUAGAAGAUAGUAUUUCACCACUUAAGGCUACAAUUUUACAACAUGAAAGUAGUCAAUUUGGAAAAGUUAACACUGAAUCAGUUGCAAAGCCUGCAGUAAUGAGAGCAGGAGCUGAAGGUGCUCGUCCCUAUGGACUGGGACACGUCGGAAAUGCUCAGUAUACUACAGUUAGUGGACGAAUAAAUGUAUCCCAUACACCAUCAGUGGGACCACAAAAUAAACAAAUUAAGGUAUUAAGUGCUCCACAAAAAGCAUUGUGUAUGACAAUAUCAAAUAGUCAAGAAAUAAUAACUACUAUUGAGAAAGAGUUGAUAUCAAAAGCUGUUAUUCCUGAGUUUGGUAACGAUGCAGCUUCAACUAAAUUGAAAGAGACUACAAUAGACUCAAAUAAACAAAAUAUUAGUUCCCAGAUUGCAGCUAUGAAUGCUGCUACUGCUCAAGUAGUCACCUUGACUUCAGGAGAUAUUGACUAUUCUAGCGUCGAACAAGCUAUUACAUCUAUUACUACAAAUUUACCAGAAAUGAGUCAGGGUGUACGUGUUUUGGCUGCUUUAACCCCUUCUGGUGAUCAUUUAUUAGAUGCUGCCCGUAAAUUGUGCUCUGCUUUUACUGACCUUUUGAAAGCUGUCCAACCUGAUUCAAAUACUGGACGUCAAAAUCUACUGAAUGCUGCUAGUAAAGUUGGUGAGGCUUCUCAACAAGUAUUGACACAGAUUGGUGAUGAUGGGGCUGACGAAUCUCGUGAUAUUUUAUUGAGCUUGGCUAAGGCGGUAGCUAAUACAACAGCUGCUCUUGUUGUUAAAGCUAAAAAUGUUGCAGCAACUGUUGAACCACAACAUCAGUCGAAUGUUAUUAGUGCCGCAACUACAUGUGCACUUACAACUUCACAGCUAGUAGCUUGUACAAAAGUAGUUGCUGGUACUGUAGAAAAUCCAAGUUGCAAAGAACAGUUAAUGGCAGCCGCUAGAGAAGUGGUUAAUGCAGUAGAAGAUCUAGUUUCGGUGUGUAAUUUAACUCAGCACGAAAAUAAUAAACAUUUAUUACAAGAACUUUCGGAUGCAGCAUAUCAAGUUACUACUACAUUAAAUCAAUUACUCAAUAGACUUACAAGCGCAUCCAGAGCUGUUGGAGAAAGUUUGAGCAAUUUGGUAGAUGUGUGCACAUCUCCUGUUUCAAAAGAAAAGAGAUUCAACACUGAGAAAACUUUUCAAGUUCAAGAGUAUUCAAAUUCAUCCAACGACACUGGCUUUAUUGAUCAGACUAAUUCAUCGAUGAAUACUAGUGAAAAUUUAUUAGAUAUUUCAACUUUGACAAAACGGUAUGAGUAUAACCAUGAUACACAGAUAAAUAACCAAAAUUAUGGAUAUCACAAGUCAACACAUGAUUACCAGCUUCAAAACACUAUGACAGAAAUUGAAAAGCAACAAAUAUUGCACAAAUUAUCAUCUACUGGAACACGCGGUACCCAAGCUUGUGUAAAUGCAGCUAGUACAGUAUCUGGUAUUAUUGGUGAUCUAGAUACAACAAUACUCUUUGCUACAGCUGGAACUCUUCACGCUGAAAAUGAAAAUGAAACAUUUUCUGACCACCGAGAGAAUAUUUUAAAAACUGCUAAGGCAUUAGUAGAAGAUACUAAAACUUUGGUUACUGGUGCGGCUUCCUCACAGGAACAGCUAGCAGUUGCCGCUCAAAAUGCUGUUUCUACAAUAAUACAAUUGGCUGAUGUAGUUAAGUUUGGUGCAGCAUCUUUGGGAGCUAACAAUCCAGAAGCCCAAGUUAUGUUAAUCAACGCUGUAAAAGAUGUAGCCACCGCAUUAGGAGAUCUAAUUCAAGCAACAAAAGCUGCUUCUGGGAAAAAUAUCAAUGACCCAUCAAUGAAUGAACUUAAAGAAAGUGCUAAAGUAAUGGUGACAAAUGUAACUUCGCUUUUAAAAACUGUAAAGGCGGUGGAAGACGAACACACACGUGGAACAAGAGCUCUUGAAUCAACUAUUGAAGUUAUUGGCCAAGAAAUUCGGGCCUUAAACUCGACUGAAACAUUCAAAUCAACAGCUACUGUUGAAGAGUUGAUACGUUGUACAAAACCAAUAACAAUGGCUACAGCAAAAGCUGUUUCGGCUGGUAACAGUGGUAAACAAGAAGAUGUUAUUGUUGCCGCAAACAUGGGACGUAAAGCUAUAUCAGAUUUAUUGACUGUUUGCAGGGGAUGCAGUAACACUAUUGAAAAUGCUGAUUUGAAAGAAAGAACAUUACAAGCUGGGUAUAAUAUCUCUCAAGAAUACAGAAAGUUGUUACAGACUGUAUUGUUUAUAAUAUCUAAACCAAAUUCAAGUUCUGAUUCUAAGCACAUGUUACAAACAAUUUCUCGUAUGAUCGCACAAUAUGUUACUGAAUUGAUAUCUGUAACCGAAACCAUCAAAGGUAAUGAUUGGGUCAGUCCUGAAGAUCCUACUAUAAUUGCGGAGAACGAAUUAUUAGGUGCUGCUGAAUCUAUUGAUGCUGCUGCAAAAAAACUUGCCAGUUUACGUCCCAGGAAAUCAGUCAAUGUGGAAGCGGCAGAUGCAUCAUGGAAUUUCGAUGAAGUGAUUUUGGAAGCAGCUAAAUCCAUUGCUGCUGCCACAUCAGCAUUAGUGAAAGCAGCAUCAGCUGCUCAACGUGAAUUAAUUGAUUCUGGAAAAGUCAGUCGCAGACCUUUGACCAGUUCAGAUGAUGGUCAAUGGUCAGAAGGUCUGAUAUCAGCUUCUCGUUUAGUGGCUGCUGCCACCCACAGUCUAGUGGAAUCAGCAAAUGCAUUAGUGCAAGGGAUAUCUAGUGAAGAAAAGCUGAUUUCAUCAGCAAAACAGGUGGCUUCGUCGACUGCACAGUUGUUAGUGUCGUGCAAGGUUAAAGCUGAUCCUGAUAGUGCGUCCACAAAAAGAUUAUUGGCGGCUGGAAACGCUGUGAAACGUGCGACGGAUAACCUGGUUAAAGCAGCCCAACAGGCUAUUCAAAACGAUGAAGAACGAAGUCUGGUUCUUAGUAAACGUAUGGUGGGAGGAAUCGCGCAAGAAAUCAAUGCUAGAUCAGAAGUAUUGAGGAUCGAACGUGAGUUAGAAGAGGCCCGUCAACGGUUGGUUGUUAUUAGGCAAGCUAAGUACAAAGCUAAAGGCGAUGACUCGAGUCCUACAGAACUGUUGGAAAAUGAUUCAUCUUUCGAACAUCAUUUAAAUGGCAGCAGAACCUCUGCUGAUAACUACAUCAACAGUAGUUUGGACGAGAAUGGAGACAACAUUCAGGCAAAUGCCUAUAACGUGUACAAGCUCCUCAAUAACUCGAAUGAUCAAACUAGUCUGAACACUUUUAACGAAACUUUCCACUCGGGCACGAAUAAAUUGUAUACGUACAAUUCAGCAGGCUUGAGCCCCAAAAAUGUGUUUAACAAAUCCUCCUCAUUGACCACCAAGAACAGUACAGUAAAGUACAAUUGCUCAUCUACUAUCAGCAACAACACAACAACAACAACCAAAUCAUACACAGUCAACGAAUGAAAGCGUUAGAAUUAUUGUUGCUAUCUUGCAGUCACAUCUAUCCGUACAUGAUCUUUUCCUUUCAAAAUUGUCUGCUCUCCCCCACCUUACACACAUGCACUUAUUAAUUUACACAAACACACUAAAAAAUGAAUUGUCCCAAGCCAAUAAUGCGAGUUUUAUUAUAUUUAUAUAAAGGAGCACUAACAACCUUGUUUGUAUUUGAUUCAAUUUAUUAUUAUUUAAACAAUUUUGUUUUGUAACCUAACGAGACAUCAGAAUAUGCACAAAACGUCUAAACUCGUUUUAUUUUAUUAAAAUGUAUUCUGUGACAUUAUUCAUAACAGUAUCUCGUUUUUAACAUGUUAGUUCCUAACACAAGUAUAUUAUUAUAAAUUUUUGUAUUUGAAAUUUUUAUUGACACAUUAAGUAUUUGUAGUAAUGAACAAAAAAAAAAAAUAAUAAUAAUCAUUAUUUAAUAUAUAUAAUAUAUAUAUACCUAUGUGUGUAUAUCACGGUUAGAACAAUUAAAAAUUUUUUUUUUCUCACUAAAAUUCUAGUCAAUUAAAUCAUUCGAUUAGUAAUUGUUUUAGUUUUACUAUCUUAUCUCAACAUAAACAUAUCGUUGUAUUUCUGAAAUUCUAAUUAGUUGGUUUUUCAAUAUAAGUCUACGUAAAAAAUGACUAACUAUGCUUUUGAACCAUUAGAUAAUCGUUAACUUGGAGAGAGGUGUUUGUGCUAACUUUUUAUAUAAAUAAAAUAUAUAAUUAAUACCCUAUUUUUAAUAGCCCAACAGCAUUAUCAAACUGUAAAUAUUAUCCAAUAAGUAUUUACAACAAAAACAUCGAAUUUUAAUGCUCUGUAGACAUAAUUAUGUAUUAUGAUAAAUUUAUAAAAGAUAAUAUAUAUUUUCUUGUUAAUGAAGGGUUGUCUCUACUAUAAUUAAAGUCUUAACAAAACCAACCACAAUGCUUCAUGAAAUACAUUAAGUUAUUACAGUUAUUUUUGUUAUUAAUUUAAAUAUUUUAAAUAAAUAUAUCGAUAAAAGAUUAUUCUUUAAUUUUAUAACUUAUUAAAAAUAGUUAAAAAUACCAUAUUUUUUUUCUAUAUGGAAUUAGUGAGUUUAAGAGUAAACUAUUUUAAACAAAUGUGAUAUAUUUAAGUAAAUUAUAUACCUAAUCUAAAUUUCCUGUAACAAUAAUAACACAUGAUUAAAAGAUUGUUCAUAGUAACUAUUAAUGUUUAUAUACAGAAAACAAAGAAAUCGCUUAAUUAUGGAGUUUUUUUUUAAUAUAUUUUACAUGCAAAACAGUAAAAAUAUGUGCCCUCGCACAUCUUUUCACAUCACAUCACAAUAAUAGAAGUUACAUUAAGAUUGUUGAAAACUUUGUUGGUUAUGUUAAUGAAUGUUAGUAGAGACACCUAAUAAAAUGUUUCUACUCAAUCUGUUAAAACUAUAAAUUAUUGUUCAUUUUUUUUUUUUUAUGUAAAUUUAGUUUGAUUGAAAUAUUUAAUUAUUUAUUUCAUACCAAAUAUGAAUUAUAUUUAUUUUUGUAUUUUAUUUUAACGAAUUAAAUAUAUUUUUACUAUUAAAAUUUAAAAUGUUGACUGCUUUUUAAAUCUGUAAUUAAUGCAUGUCAAAACUUUGCUUAAUCAUUGACAAUUUGGUCUUUUAAUUUCAUGUUAAGUAAUAAUGUUAUAAUCAAAUUGUCUCAUUAAACAAUGAUUUAUCGUCAUGCCAUACAUUUUGCCAUUUAAUUGUGCCGUAAAGUAUAUUUUUAGUUUUUGUUCUUUUUUUUUUUUGCAUAAAUAAUUGUAAGGGCAUAAUAUAUGAACAUUUUUUUUUGUACCUUAAGUGUUUAUAAUAUGUUUAUUUUUUCAAUGACUAGCUAACUGUUUUAUUGGUUAACAUUAACUUUUAUAGUACUCACCUUACUAAUUAAAAUUUUAUAUAAAGGAGUGUAAUUAUAUUUAUUUACUAUUAAUUAUUACAAUUAUAAUUUUUUCAUUGUGAAUAUUAACAUUGUUAUUAGUUAUUUAUUAUACAUAUACUUAUACACGUCAUAAUAUGUGUAUAAUAUAAUAUAUCAUAUAAAAAUAAAUGUAUGUAUUUUCAUUUAACUCAAAACAAAUGCUUAAUGUUUACCGAAGAAUGGAUUCAUUGUUAUAAUAUUAUAUUCUCAUCGAUCCGAGAAUGUAGGCAUAAGAAUAAGGAUCAUCAAUUGUAAUACUGUUUACGCUAGGCGAAACGCACAUAAUUUACAUGCACAAUAACGAUAAACGUAUAUUGAUUUCAUUGUAUCAUUAUUAUAUAUUAUUAAUUAUUAAAAAAACUAUACUGACAUACUGUA